AUGGCUCGGAGCGUCCCGGUUCUGCUGUCAAUCAUCUGUGUCCAUCUAACGGCGGGAGUCCCGGACGGAGCUGAGGUCCAAGUGAUCGACAUCCUGAGCCUCCAGGACUCCAAGCAGAGCGUGGCGGCGGUGGAGAAGUUAUCGGGCGGUCUGAGCGCGCUCAGCGACGUCUACGUGGUGUCGACGUUCCGGCUGCCACCGAAGCUGGGCGGGGUUCUGUUCGGUCUCUACAGUAAGCAGGACAACAGGAAGUACCUGGAGGUUGCCAUCAUGGGGAAGAUCAACAAAGUUCUGGUCCGGUACGUGAAGGCUGACGGGAAGCUGCACACCGUGAACCUGCAGAACUCCAACCUGGCCGACGGUCGGACCCACUCCAUCAUCGUGAGGCUCGGCGGCCUUCAGCGCAGCAGCAUGCAGGCGGAGCUCUACGUCGACUGCCGAUUGGCCGACUCUGGCCAGGGCCUGCCGCCAUUGGUUCCUCUGCCUAGCGAGGCGGAGCUAGUGGAGGUCCGACACGGACAGAAGUCCUACGCACGACUGCAGGGGACCGUGGAGUCCCUCCGCCUGGCUUUAGGGGGCAGCGUAGCUAAAGCUGGAGCUCUGACAGACUGUCCGUUCCAGGGAGACUCAUCCGCCUACAACUCAGUGAGCGGGGAGCUCCACUCCAUCCUGGGUGAGCACACGAAGGCUCUGAUUGGUCAGCUCAUCAUCUUCAACCAGAUCCUGGGAGAGCUGCGGCAGGACAUCAGAGAACAGGUGAAGGAAAUGUCUCUGAUCAGGAACACCAUCCUGGAGUGUCAGGUUUGUGGUGAGGUCAGAUAUGAGGACCUAAUUGAAGCCGGCCUCGGUCUGUCUCUUUGUCCAUCUGCAGGUUUCCAUGAGCCUCGGUCCCGCUGCUCUCCCAACCCGUGCUACAAAGGUGUGUCCUGCGUGGACAGUCUGCAUUACCCUGGAUACACCUGUGGACCAUGUCCACCUGGAACCACCGGGAACGGGACACACUGCAAGGACAUUGACGAGUGCGAGUUUCAGCCCUGUUACACUCCUGAAGCCUGCCUGAACACAAUGGGGGGGUUCAGCUGUAAACCCUGUCCUCCAGGACUGUGGGGGGCACCACUGGCUGGAACCGGCCUGGACUAUGUCAAGUCCAACAAACAGGAGUGUGUGGACGUCGAUGAGUGUAUCGAUCUUCCUGACGCCUGCGUGUCCAACUCCGUCUGCAUCAACACCGUGGGUUCAUACAAAUGUGGAGGCUGCAAACCUGGUUUCCUUGGCAACCAAACAUCAGGCUGCUUCCCCAGGAAGUCGUGCUCUGCGUUGACCUUUAACCCCUGUGACAGCAACGCCCACUGCACCAUGGAGAGGAACGGGGAGGUUUCCUGCAGGUGUAACGUGGGCUGGGCUGGAAAUGGACACACGUGUGGGAUGGACACGGACAUCGAUGGUUACCCGGACCGGUCUCUGCCUUGUUUGGACAACAACAAACACUGUAAACAGGACAACUGUGUCCUCACCCCGAACUCCGGCCAGGAGGACGCAGACAAUGACGGGAUCGGAGACCAGUGUGACGAGGAUGCAGAUGGAGACGGCAUCAAGAACGUGGAGGACAACUGCCGAUUAGUCCCCAACAAAGACCAGCAGAACUCAGACAGCGACUCGUUCGGGGACUCGUGCGAUAACUGUCCCACCGUGUCCAACAGCGACCAGAAAGACACGGACAACAACGGCCAGGGAGACGCCUGCGACCAGGACAUUGACGGAGACGGUAUUCCCAACGUUUUGGACAACUGUCCAAAGGUCCCGAACCCGAUGCAGACAGACAGAGACAGGGAUGGCGUCGGGGACGCCUGCGACAGCUGUCCUGAACUCAGCAACCCCAUGCAGACGGACGUGGACAACGACCUGGUGGGAGACAUUUGCGACACCAACCAGGACACAGAUGGAGACGGACACCAGGACACCCGGGACAACUGCCCCGACAUCCCCAACAGCUCCCAGCUGGACUCGGACAACGACGGCCUCGGAGACGACUGUGACCACGACGACGACAACGACGGCGUCCUCGAUGACUUCGAUAACUGCAGACUGAUCAUCAAUCCCAACCAGAAGGACUCAGAUGCCAACGGCGUUGGGGACGUCUGUGAGAAUGACUUUGAUAACGACGCUGUGAUGGAUCAGGUGGACGUGUGUCCAGAAAGCGCUGAGGUCACACUCACGGACUUCAGGGCCUAUCAGACUGUGAUCCUGGACCCUGAGGGCGACGCCCAGAUCGAUCCAAACUGGGUGGUUCUGAACCAGGGAAUGGAGAUCGUCCAGACGAUGAACAGUGAUCCUGGUUUGGCCAUUGGCUACACGGCGUUUAACGGCGUAGACUUCGAGGGAACGUUCCACGUCAACACGGUGACGGACGAUGAUUACGCUGGCUUCGUCUUCGGCUACCAGGACUCAUCCAGCUUCUACGUGGUGAUGUGGAAACAGACGGAGCAAUCAUAUUGGCAGAACCUCCCCUUCAGAGCCACGGCCCAGCCCGCCCUGCAGCUCAAGGCGGUGAAGUCUAGAACCGGACCGGGUGAGUUUCUGAGGAACGCUCUGUGGCACACCGGAGACACGCCUGGAGAGGUGAAGCUGCUCUGGAAAGACCCCCGAAACACCGGCUGGAAGGACAAAACCUCAUACCGCUGGCAGCUCAGCCACCGACCGCAGGUGGGGUACAUCAGGGUGAAGCUGUUCGAGGGAACAGACAUGGUGGCGGACUCUGAAGUGGUCGUCGACACGACGAUGAGAGGAGGAAGACUCGGUGUCUUCUGCUUCUCCCAGGAGAACAUCAUCUGGUCCAACCUGCGGUACCGAUGCAACGACACGGUGCCCGACGACUUCAAGACUCAUCGGAAACAAGUUGUGAUGCACAUUCAGGUCUGA